AUGAUGGACACGGAGAUGACAAGUAGCCCAGUACCCGUCUGCAGACAAGGUCUGUUCAUCCACACAGGAAACCCACUUAUGCGAGACCACCCACUGUCCUGUGAGAGACUGCUUCAUGUUGGUCAGCUGAACUUGACACACUCAGAUAUAAGGUCACCCAGGUUUCAAGACUCAGUAGAUUCUGCUGCUCCAUGCCUGAAUGGAAGUCACCCGGCUCAGCACAUUAAACAAGAAUGCCCGAGUGAUUAUAAGGUUCUGUCUGAGGCUUCCACACAUAGGAGGAUUACGGAGGGGAUGGAGCUGAGAGCCUCCAGUAGUCUGCAUCCUGAAAUAGACCUAAUGAAUAAUAGCUUUACAAAUUCACUUUCAUCCUACUUGUUUAAUAAUGAACAUAGCUCCUCCCUGGGUCCUUUGUCACUUGGCACCCCUCAGCACUCAGCCAGGCUACAAACAAGCAACCUGAAGAAGAGAUGCAUCUCUGUUGUGCCGUCUUCAGCUGAAGGAAUUGAUAUUACAGCUAUCAUCCGCACAUCACAGACGUCACUGGUCACCUGUGUGAAUGGACUGCGAACUAAUUCAGCUGGCAUUUCCUCUCAUCCUGUGGAGAUCAGUCAUCACAGUGCUCAAAAAUCCUCUCGGCCCCAGUCUUGCUCUCAGCCUGGAAACCCUUGCAGUAUUCCCUCCCCUCCAGCAUGUCUUGUACCUAUUUCUGCUGAAUGUGACAGAGGUGACUGUGAGCAGAUACAAAUGCAGCAAGUCGAGGAGAAUGGAAGCCUCAGCCUUAUGAUGAACGGUACUAGCAUUCCUCAUCAAAACACCUCGCACAGCACCCAGAAGGUGAGUUUCUUAAAACAAGAACCAGCUGACGAUUAUUCCUCCACUGCUGAUCUUUUUCGACAUCAUCAGGGGCUGCCUCCCCCUUACCAUCUGCACCAGCAACUAAGCCAAACUCAAGGGACACUGCCUCACUUACACACCUCUAUGUCUCCAAAGUCCCUUCAGCCCAGUGACGGGGAUGAACAGGACCUCAGCAAUGGUAAACAGGUCUGUCGGUGGAUUGACUGCAGUGCCACUUAUGACCAACAAGACGAACUGGUCAGACACAUAGAAAAGACUCACAUUGACCAGCGAAAAGGAGAGGACUUCACUUGCUUUUGGGCAGGCUGCGUCCGCCGAUAUAAACCCUUCAAUGCUCGUUACAAACUGCUGAUUCAUAUGAGAGUUCAUUCUGGAGAAAAACCAAACAAGUGCAUG